AUGCUUCAACAUAUUUUAUCAAAGAUGUUGCAAUACCUUUUCUUCUUCAUGCUUUUGUUGGGAGUUUCAACUGGCUAUGAUGAAUUCCUAUGUGACUCAGCUGCUAACACUAAGAUUUAUAUUGUCUAUACCCGAGAUACCAUCAAAGAUGAAGCUGCUUCUUUAAUCCAUUAUAAUUAUUUGCUACAACAGGCUACAGACAGCAACUCGACAGCAAAAACUAUACUUUAUUACUAUUGGCGUAGUUUCAACGGAUCUGUGGUGAAGCUAACAGAAAAAGAAGCUGAUAGAAUGGCAGGACUUGUUGGAGUUGUUUCUGUUUUUCCAGAUGAAAAGAGACAACUCCUCACGACAAGAUCAUGGGAUUUUAUUGCCUUUACAUAA